AUGACGUUUGAUCUCUGUGUAAUCAGAGCAAAGCUACCAAUGGCGUCUUUCUCUCUGCGUUCUGUGGCUUUUUGGGUGUGUGUGGGGAUUGCCUUGGUCGGAGCCGACAAUGUGGUAGAAGAUGACAAGCGUUUGUUUCAUCGGCCACUUGGUUUUUUGAAGGGGAGAGGGUUUCGCGGAGGCGGAGGUUUUGGUGGCGGUGGCGGUGGAGGUUUUGGAGGUGGAGUUGGAGGUGGAUUUGGUGGGGGAGCUGGCGGUGGGUUUGGUGGUGGAGCUGGUGGCGGCGGCGGUCUAGGCGGUGGAGGUGGGUUGGGAGGUGGUGGUGGUUUGGGUGGUGGAGGAGGGCUUGGAGGAGGUGGUGGGCUUGGAGGCGGUGGUGGUUUGGGUGGUGGAGGAGGCUUAGGGCAUGGCAUUUAUAAAAGGGGGUUUAAAAGUGGAGGGCUAGGUGGUGGCGGUGGAUUGGGUGGUGGUGGAGGGCUCGGUGGAGGAGGUGGUUUAGGAGGUGGAGGAGGCAUUGGGCAUGGUAUUUACAAAAGGGGUUUUAAGGGUGGAGGACUUGGAGGUGGAGGUGGUAUUGGCGGCGGAGGAGGACUUGGAGGUGGAGGUGGUCUUGGUGGUGGCGGAGGACUUGGAGGUGGAGGUGGUCUCGGUGGAGGUGGAGGACUUGGAGGAGGAGUUGGUAGCGGUCUUGGAGGAGGAGCUGGUGGCGGUCUUGGAGGAGGAGCUGGUGGCGGUCUUGGAGGAGGAGCUGGUGGUGGUCUUGGAGGAGGAGCUGGUGGAGGUCUGGGAGGAGGAGCUGGUGGUGGGUUUGGUGGCGGAGGUGGUGUAGGUGCUGGAGGCGGAUUUGGAGGAGGAGCAGGAAGUGGAGUUGGUAUUGGUGGUGGAGGUGGCGGUGGCGGAGGGUUCGGCGGGGGUGGUGGCAUUGGUGGUGGUGCCGGUUUCGGCGGUGGAGCGGGGUUUGGAGGUGGUGGCGGCCACCACUAAAAUGCAUUUUUUUCAAAUAUAUCUAUUUCUUAUCUAAAUUGUGAAAAUUAUUGUCUGGUUAUCCAACACCUUUCCCUUUAUUAAUGUUUUCCUUUAGGAUUGGUGAUUUUAAAUUAUGUAAUGUGAAUUUUAUUUUAUAAAAACUUAAAGAGUUCGACUGGAA